CAGUAAUAGGUGUUAGUCAGUUUAUCACUUGGUAAGUUGAAACUUGCAGGGAAGGUAGGUUAUGUCAACUGUCGUCAGUGAGCUGGCUAACGUUACUAGCUAGCUGUCUAGCUUAGCUGUGAGCCAAAAUGAUGCUAGCUAGCAAAGCUAUGCAUGUGCAAAGAAACAACUGAUAAGGUGGACUUGGCUAGCGUAGAGCUAGUGAACUAACGUGUAUUUUGUUGUCUGGGACUCGCAAGCAUAAUACAAUAAUGUUAUGUUGACUCUGCAAUCAAGUCAAGAAGUGCUAAUAACUAUAGACGUAUUUAAUCUACACGAACUACGGUUUGAUAUUUGUAGCAGGAAGCUAGCGACAUAUUUCUGGGGCUAGUAACGAUGUAACUAAGAUGUACUCAGUGAAACAACGUCAGGUCAGUAUCAACCAGCGGAUUGUUACACAGCCUGCUAACGUGGCUGAAACGUUAACAGUGUGAGUGUGCAGUCCUCCUUGCCAGGAAGGAGAGGCACCAGGGACCAUGAGUGAGAAUGGCCCUCAUACAGAGGCAACGAUGUACUUUGAGGUGGAGGUGGAUCACCUGGAGCGGGACGAUGAAGACGAAGAUGAAGACAAGAUCCACUUUGACAAAGAUGAUGACUUGAUCGCUGAGCCUUCAUCAUCCUCUGGUCGGGUUUACGACCGCACCACAGUGCUCAUUGAGCGGGACCCUAUCCGGCUAGAUGAGGAGGGCGAAGAGGAGGGUCACUGUGGAGGGGACGACGAUGGGGUCACAUUCCUAACUGAAGGGGAAGGUGAUGGAGAUGAGGAGGAUGGCUCUCUGACCUUUAUGACCGACGCUGAUGGCAUGUCACAGGGUUAUGUACACCACACCAUUUCUCCAGACCAGAUCCAGUUCACGAUAAAUCCAGGCUCCACACGCAUGCCACGCAACAUAGAGGGGGCCACCCUCACCCUGCACUCUGAGUGCCCAGAGACCAAGCUGAGAGAGGUGAAGCGCUAUCAGUGCAUGUUCGAAGGCUGCACCAGGACGUACAGCACGGCGGGAAACCUGCGAACACACCAGAAGACUCACCGGGGCGAGUACACAUUUGUGUGCAAUCAACAGGGCUGUGGAAAGGCCUUCCUCACCUCUUACAGCCUCAAGAUCCAUGUCCGUGUUCACACCAAGGAGAAGCCGUUUGAGUGUGAUGUGCAAGGCUGUGAGAAGGCCUUUAACACGUUAUACAGACUAAAAGCACACCAGAGACUUCACACAGGCAAGACAUUCAACUGUGAUUCAGACGGAUGCACAAAGUACUUUACCACACUUAGCGACUUGAGGAAGCACAUUCGCACACACACUGGGGAGAAGCCAUUCCGGUGUGACCACGAUGGCUGUGGAAAAGCCUUUGCCGCAAGUCACCACCUAAAAACACAUGUACGGACACACACAGGGGAGAAGCCUUUCAACUGUCCCAGUGACGGCUGUGAGAAGACUUUUAGCAGCCAGUACAGUCUGAAGAGUCACAUCCGGGGCCACGACAAAGGACAGCCCUUCACCGUCACCCUCACCCAUCCGCUCUCUGAAGAUGCAAAUCACUCGCUGUGCCUCAGUGACUUGAGCCUCAUCUCGACAGAUUCGGAGCUACGGGAGAACAUCCUUAAUACUCAUUUGGACGUCAGCAAUGUGACCCCUGUGAAAAUCUUUGAGCUCAUGUUCCAGAGUCCUGAAAAUAGUAUCAGCCAAGAUGAUGCCCAUCCCAACGAGAGCUUUACUGAAUCCUUCAGCCUUGAGACGUCGACCCAGCGGGUACUGUCUGAUGGCUCGUCUCUCAUCUCUUUCUCUCUCCAUCCUACCUGCUCAUCCUCCUGCUCCCACUCAACGGCAGUCGUGGAGGCUCCUUCCCAGCUCAAUCAGAGCUCCUCUUCUCAGGCCUCCACCCCUGCCUCUGUCACCGCCACUGUCAGCUCCACACAGCCUCCACCUUUCGUGCAAGUAACCGGGCCUCAGCAGAUCUCCGAUGUGCCUGUCCAAGCAUCAAACAAUGUCACAUCCCAGCACUACGUGGCACUGCCAUCCACAUUCCUGCAACCAGAUAGUGCCACCCAGACUGCUCCUCUACCACCAGCCAUCUCCACUUCCCCUCCAGUGGCUCCAGCACUGACCACCACAGCACCAGGCGCUGCUGCUGUGGCUGUUGUUGCAGCCACAACAACAGAUGCAGCUGUGGCUCAACCUGUGCCUUUGGCCAACAACCCUGUCCCCAACACUGGCCCUGGUUUGGCUCCCACCCCUGCCACAAUCACCAUAGCUCCCACCCCGAACCUGCUGCAGCCCAGCCUGGUCAUGUCUGACCAGAACCUCCAGUGGAUCCUCAGCAGUGCUGCCAACAGCCAGCAGAACCCAGAUCAAGCAACACAUCCAGGAGCUCCAAAAGUGGAAAAGGUUUUCUUCACAACAGCUAUACCCGUGGGAGGAAAUGCUGGCAGCUCAGUCCAACAGAUCGGCCUCAGUCUGCCGGUCAUCAUCAUCAAACAGGAGGAGUCGUGCCAGUGCCAGUGCGCCUGCAGGGACGCUUCUAAAGACAAGAGUUCAAAGAGUGCCUCCUCCGUUGUUUCAGCCCCAGCACAGCCACAACCGCCAGAGCCCCCUCCUCCCCCACUAUCACAACCUCCAGAGCCUCCACAUCCUCCAGCCACCUCGUCUUCUUCAUGCGGCCUCCCCGAGUCUUCCUCCGAGGCGGGUGAGGUGAGGCCGGAGGCCCCCUCUUCUUCUUCUUCCUCCUCCUCCUCCAAAGCUCAGACUUUCUCUACAAUAGUGAGCAGCACUGCCACAAACCCUCCCUCGUCGGAUGGGUUAGCCAAUAUGGACGUCUCGGACUUCCUCUCCUUGCAGAGUCCUGAGACGGCUGCCAACAUUGAGGCUCUGCUGCUGGUCGCCGAUGACUUUAGCAUGGCCACUGAUGGCAAUCCUUAGAAGAGCUGCCUUCUGAGUCUGGCGCCAUGUGUUCGCUCGUUGCGCCCACUCAUCCACAGGCAUCAAUUCCACCCACAUCUCGAGUCAUUCUCCGCAGCGAUGCCUCUUCUUUCUCCCUAUAUAGUGUGUGUAUCGAACCCCCCCUGUACCUGCAGUGCAUUCAGUUCUGUAUGGCAUUGUGCAACAUAUACACGAACUAUGAAUCAUUUUUCUGUUGAGUCUCAUUGCAGUAGUUAAGUUUUUAAAAGCGGGAUUAGUUUGCUUAUUGAGAUUUAGCAAGGUAAUGCUAAUGAAUGCAGGGAAAAGGCAGUAGAUCCUUUCGUUAUGAACAUAAUCAAAGUGUAUAUAAUAACCCUCGAUAUCCACUCUGAAUUGAUUGAAUGAAACAAAUGAGUGUUGUCCAAGCACUGAUAACUUAAUAUUUCCAUUUUCCUGGCUUAAAGGUCAGACACCUGAGCAGGAAAACAAAAUGUGUCUGUAUAUCCUUGUACUGUACUACAGGUCCUAACAAAUGCUUAUAGCUGGUCUGCAACUGACCAGAAUGCACUGUAUAUUAGAGGAAUUUAAUUUAAACAAGCAUCGCUCCCAGGCAUUACAAAGGGGUUGGCCACAUAGCCUCUCAUGGCUGUCAUACAAUAUGAAUUGAUUUCCUCAGUAUUUUUGUUUUCUAGGAAGACUAGUGUAGUCCAAAAAAUGUGAUUGAUUUUUUUUGGGGGGUUUUUUUACUUCUUGACAGUUAUUUACUAAUUGAGAAAAGAACCUGUGAUCCAAUCUGCCUGUUUUAAGUGAAAUUAAUACUUCAUGAGUUGCCUGUAACUUAAACUAAUUUAAAAGUGUACAUGUUAAUUUAUUUAAAUACUUGAUUAUUUCAUUAUACUGGCAAUACUAUUAUCUUCAAGAUAGCAGAAAAAAAUCUAUUAAUUUAUUCCAAUUACUUGUGUUUUUUAAGUUGAGCUGUUUUUAUGUUACUGAAUUGCUUUUUUUUUUUCCUUUUGUUAACGUAAUGGGUAUUGCUGAAAGCAAGUUUGAGAAAAGAGGCACCUAUAGUAGACUGCACAGUGAAACAAAUUGUCCUUGAGGAUCUGCUUGUUUGCAAAAAUUGUCCACAUGAAACAGUAAAGAACGGUCAACAUCCCAUGUUCUAUAGGGUUGUGACCCUCUCAGGGAUGCAUCAAGUCAUAACUGAUCCUGCUUCCCUUAAUUUGUUACUCAGACUACCGUGUUUCUCACCAGAUGCCCCACUCUUGCAGUCGCCCUGCGUUUUGCUGCACUCUUCCCUGUUAAUUGCACACUUACUUGUAAAGCGAGUCAUCUGACAGCUUGUUAGCUGAGGCGCAGCACCACUAGACUUUUUGUAUACAACUGCUGUAAAGUAGCAUUUAAGAGAUGGUGUCCUGGAGACAGUGUAAAUACAGUACAUUUUAGUGUAAACAUCUUUGAGAAACUUGUAGAUUAUUCUAGAAUUUGUAUUUUUGUAUAGACUUUUGAAUUACUAACUCUUGAGUUUGGAAGUAAUGUAUACCCUCUAUCCUAUCCUUGCAUUCGACCCCCAGUCACAUUUAUGCAGAAGAGUUUUUGCUGUGUUUAGUUGAAUAGUUCUUCAAGCAGCUGGGCUUUUGUACAGUCCCCAUAAUAACAAAAUAUAUGUAACACACAGCCUCCUGCUCAGAGUAUAAUUUAACAGUAUUGUUUCACACGGGACACAAUGCAAUGAUGAUCGAACGAAGGCAUUAUGCCCUGUAUACUAGAGUGUAGAGAUACUUGGCCUUACAACAUAACUGUUCUGUGAGCCUCCUUGCCUUGACAGUCUCUGCUUCAGACAGACUUGCCAUUGACGCGCCAACACACUCAUCUUCAUUGAGUCUCAGGCAAUCACUCGCAGCAGAUCACAAUAAGGCAAACGCAUCGAGACAGUUUUCCUACAAACUGCACCAUUUUCCAGCCGUCUGUUGGGAAAGUCCUUAUUUGAUAUGCAGCAUAAUGGCUACAAGUAAUGUGAUUCUACAUUUUAGAUCCAGGUUGUAGGAUCGAACAAAACUGACACGCACGUCACAACUCAUGUCUGCCUUUUUGCUUUCUUUUUGUUGCCAAAUUUAAGAAUGGAGCUUUCCUUCGAAUUACAUGUGCCAAGAAGGCAGAUAUGUUGUGAAGGGCUCCAGACACAUGUUGCUCUAAACCAUUCCAUGUAUGCAGUAUUAGAUAUCAAGACUUUAUACUUGGUUCCAUUUGAAUUACAAAAUGUUGAUCAUUUACUACCAUUUCCUUGUUAAAAGGAUUCUGCGAAAUUACUGCCAGGAGUCAAGUUCAUACCAUCAAUAUAUUCUCAUAAAUGCAUACAGUCAAAGAACACACCUAUGCAAUUUUACAUGUGGCAUUCACAACUUUAAAUACUGACAUCAAGACAAAAAGAUAAUUUAUUCUGCCCUCCAUUAAAUGAUGUUCUGCCACAACCUUAUAUGUGGAACUCCAGAGGCAGAAGUUGCCGUUCCAGCUCAGACAACGUUAGGCCUGUUUCUUAAACUGCAGUAUGUUGUGUUCAAAGUGCUGUUCCCAUGAAUGUUGCAACACAGCGAUCCUUUUACAUGCUGUUUGAAGGAGUAUUUACUGAAUGAAUGAAUUAUUCUGUUAUAAGAAUUAUGUUUGGUCAAAUGUACGCAGCUUCUUUUUGUUUUUACACUUUAUGCGUGAACAUGUUUUAUUUGGGCUCACCCCUAUUUAUGUAAUCAUCUCAGCCUUUCAGUUAAAAUAAAUUUGUUGGCUCAUCUUCACCAAUUAAGCUCAAACUUACAGCUGCCCAGACUUGUUUUAAUCAAUAAGCAGAGAACUGGUUUAUGACGACAGGUGGCCCAGGUCUGUCUUUCUGAAGUUUACCUGAAUGGUUAAUUCAGCAAAAAAAUCACUGAUGGAGACAUUUGUUUGGAAGCAGAUUGUUUGAGCACAAUCUUAUAGCCACAGUGGAAAUUGAUACAGAAUUUUCCAACAAACUAUGCUUCCAAAGGAAUGUCUUGACACCCAAAGAGUGAGGAAUAAAGGAUUUGUAUUUUAUAAAGAGAAUGUAUAAUGUGAAAAUGUUUGCUUAUGCUUGUUUCAUAUAAAGUAAUAUGAUAAACAUUUCUGAAUUGAGAGCAAUAUAAUACUAAUAAAACCUUAUCCUUGUCACUGAAA